AUGAGCAACACAGAAGGAGGCUCCAAGCAUCAGAAGCAUCUGAGCCACAAAGAAAGAUGGGAGCUAAAACUGCAAGAAUUAAAAGAAUUCAAGGCUAUCGAUGGGAACUGUCGGGUAUCUCGGAGGACACAUGGCAAGGAGGAUCGAUGGAAAGAACUGGCCGUAUGGGUCCAAAAUGUUAGGGUGAGAUACAACAAACGACAAUUGUCUCCUGAUCAGAGGAAGGAUUUGGAGUCAGUCAGUGAGGAUAGAGAGUGGCUCAUUCCAAAAUUCCGCUCUCCUAGCGAGAUUCCUGUAUCAAAGGAGCAUCAUCACAAGAAGUGGAAUGCAAAGUUUGAACAGCUAGGGUAUUGUCCUUCAAAGCAACACACGGAAACUGCCUUGUUCCAGUCAGAUACAAGGACAAUCCAGAAUGGGGACGCUGGGUAUUCACGCAAAGACAAAUAUAAGAAGGGAACAUUAGACCCAACAAGAAAAGGGAGAUUGGCAGACAUUGGUUUUGUGUGGGAUGUGAAGACUUGGAAUAAGAAGGAAGGCUGUGCGGUUCGAAAGUGGGUGAAGAAUUGUAGAGUUGAUGCCAAGUCUGCGGGAAUUUUGCCAAAUGUCUGGGAAGGUGAUGAAGACAAGGAACCGCCAACUUUCACAAAGUUUCUUGGUAACCUGGUAACCUUAGCAAAAGCCUCUUUCCAAGCGCCAGAGUUUGUUUCGGAUUCAUGA